UGUUAUGUAAGUUCCUGUAAUUCGACCUUUGUUUCCUUGCACUUCUAAAAAAUUUAACUUUCGUUUCUCACUCUAGUCUUUUGCGGAAAUUCAUUUGUGGAGACCAGCUCUCUUGCUUGAUGAGUGAAUAUUGUCCACAGCUGCUCCUGUCCUGCCUUCUCUCUUCUCUGCUGAUUCAAGAUUCCUCACUUUGGCCUGAAGCCCUGUAGGAGUUUGUGGCCAAGAAAAACUUCAAGGCCAGGACAAAAAGAAGCUGAGAGAGCAGUGCGAUGGAUUUGUCAGUACAGGUGGGCAUACAGAAGGAGGUGACUUGCCCCAUCUGCCUGGAGCUCCUGACAGAACCUCUGAGCCUAGACUGUGGCCAUAGCUUCUGCCAAGCCUGCAUCACUGCAAAGAACACACAAUCGGUGACCAACCCAAGAGGGGAAAUCAGAUGUCCUGUGUGUCAGACCAGAUUCCAGCUUGGGAAUCUCCGACCUAAUCAGCAUCUGGCUAACAUAGUCGAGAGAGUCAGGAAAGUCAAGAUGAGCCCUCAAGCGGGGCAGAAGAGAGAUCUUUGUGUGCACCAUGGAAAAGAACUACGGCUCUUUUGUAAGGAGGAUGGAAAAGUCAUUUGCUUUGUUUGUGAGAUGUCUCAGGAACACCAGGGUCACCAAAUAUUCCUUAUACGUGAGGUCGUCAAAGAAUGUCAGGAGAAGCUCCAGAACGCUCUGGCAAGGCUGAUAAAGGAGCGUCAGGAAGCUGAGAAACUGGAAGUUGACCUCAAAGAAGAGAAAGUUACCUGGAAGAAUUAUAUCCAGACUGAGAGACAGAAGAUUCUGAAAGGAUUUAAAGAAAUGAGAGUCAUUUUGGACAGUGAGGAGCAGAGGGAACUUCAAAAGCUGGAGGAAGAUGAGGUAAAAGUGCUGGAUAACCUGGGAGCAGCAAAAGACCAGCUAGUCCGACAGAGUCAGCCUGUGAGAGAGCUCAUUUUAGAGCUCCAGAGACGGUUGCAUGGGUCAUCAGUAGAGAUGCUGCAGGAUGUGAUUGAUGUAAUGAGAAGGAGUGAGAGCUGGACCUUGAAAAAGCCGAAAUCAGUUUCCAAGAAACUGAAGAGUGUAUUCCGAGCUCCAGAUCUGAGUGGGAUGCUGCAGGUUUUUAAAGAGCUGACAGAAGUCCAGUGCUACUGGGAGGACGUGAUGCUGAAUCCAGGCAGUGCUAUUUCGAAUGUUGCUGUUUCUAAGGAUCAGAGACAAGUGAUGGUUUCGCACACUUAUUCAAAUUCAAAUUCACCUGAUUUUUCUACUUUUGGUGUCUUGGGCUGCCAAUAUUUCUUCUCAGGGAAAUAUUACUGGGAGGUAGAUGUAUCUGGAAAGAUUGCCUGGAUCCUAGGACUACACAGUACAAGAAGUAACCCCAAUCAAAAAAAGAGCCCUGGUUUUGUUUUUGAUCCAAAUGUAAAUCAUUCAAAUGUUUACUCCAGAUACAGGCCUCAAUAUGGCUACUGGGUUAUAGGGUUACAGAAUGAAUUUGAGUAUAAUGCUUUUGAGGAUUCUUCUUCCUCUCAUCCCAAGAUUUUGACUCUCUCCAUGGCUGUGCCUCCCCAUCGUAUUGGUGUUUUCCUAGACUAUGAGGCAGGCAUUGUCUCAUUUUUCAAUGUCACAAACCAUGGAGCCCUCAUCUACAAGUUCUCUAAAUGUUGCUUUACUCAGCCUGUUUAUCCAUAUUUCAAUCCUUGGAACUGCCCAGGCCCCAUGACCCUGUGUCCACCAAACUCUUGAACUUUCUUAUUCCCUACUCACUUCUGUGUAGUACCCCUUGUCCUGAGGCUCAGAUCCUGCACCUGAGUUCAUCUCUACCUUCCUAUCUCUUCCUUUCUCCCCUUCUUUUAUUUAGAAUGUUUUUGG